ACCAGCUCCAUAUAUUUAUCGAAGCCUUUUCUCUCAACCUUCACGAGAACGAAUCUCAAACUCGCAGUUCUAUUUGCCGUAUAUAUUUCGUCAUGUUUCGACAAUGGAGUCCGUGUCUAUUCCUCCUUCUCAUCUCACCCGCUCUCGCAACCCGCACUUGGUGGAUGGACGCCACUUGCAAGCAAUACUUCAAGGUGGAAGAUUUCGACAAAAUGAUGGAAGACGUUUUUAAGACAGCGAGCAUGGGAGGGAAACGCAUGUCCCGAAACCCAGACCAGGAACCGCAAGCCUACGAGAUAUUCAGAACUUUGUUUAACUAUGACCCCGCCUCAAGAGAUCCCACAAGCGAGAUUUAUUUUGAUACUUUCAAAGAUAAUUGGGGACAAGCCCGCGGUCUCCCUACUUGGAGCAAGCAAGUGGGGACCGGAAGUGAUGAGGCCAACCGGAAAGCGUCCGACAUACGCAUAUAUUGCGAUGAGGAUGCCAGAUUUGAGCCUCGAGGCGAUACUACGCCCAGAUUUGAUGGCGAAGAGCCGAAUAGCAAACGAAACGACAUCAAGAAAGAGUGGUGGGACCCAAUCAAUAAACGCUUAGCGGGGAACCCAGGUUGUAAAUACAACGCGAUACGAACUGACGGGAAGGUCACGUUCGCAUCAACGUAUGGUUUACAUGCCAAAAUUGCACCUGUGAAAGGUGACGACGCAGAGAACUGGGAUCGACAAACCAUGACGAUCUGCAACGUAUGGCUGAAGCAGAAGAAUCGAUUCAAUACUAUGUCCGAGGUUGCGCUGUCCAGCGGUUGGCCUAGGUACAAAGCUCUGGUCCCUCCCGAUGCGCUUACAAGUGUCGGCAGCAUGCUCAUGCUCCAUGAAAUGCACCAUUUCAGAGAUUAUCGUGCUACUGAUUACGCUUAUGGGUGGAAAAACUGUUUACAACUUGCAGCCGGCAAAGCGAUCGCCAAUGCCGAUACUUUCGCGUUAUUUGGCGUCAUGAUGCACGCCUUAGACAAGAAGUUCAAGUUGGAUAACAAGGCUGAAGGUACUUGGAUAAGAGAUAAAACGAUUCCAGAUUCGCCAAAGAAAAAACGGGGCAUUUGGUCUUGUCAAGAUCAAUUGAGAGUAGGUGCAAAGACAGGGUUGAAAUGUAGAGAGUUUUCUGCUUAAGCUAGGGUUAACAAUUAAAGAGAUUAAGCUCUCUCCGCUUUGCUGACGUUAGAUAGAAUUAGUAAUAGUUAGUGUCGGAGUUCAGUGA